CUCCUUUUAAUUUCCACUCCACCCAAACGAAAAAGCUAAACUCCACCACCACCCCUACCACGCCGAGGAACGCCUCUCAGACUUUAUCCGAUUUUUAGGGUUUCAUUAUUAUCUCGUAAUCCGAAGUUCAAUUAUCUAACAAAAGCCCUAAAAUCCCCGGAUCAGGUCUGAGCUUGUGGUUGUUAGGCCUCUUUGAUCAACUAAGUUUCAUGUCUGAUCUCGACGUCCAGAUUCCUACUACCUUUGAUCCCUUUGCUGAUGCAAAUGCUGAGGACUCAGGUGCCGGUGCAAAGGAGUAUGUUCACAUUCGUAUCCAGCAGCGGAAUGGUAGGAAAAGCCUGACAACUGUCCAGGGGUUGAAGAAAGAAUUCAGCUAUAACAAGAUACUUAAAGACCUUAAGAAGGAGUUUUGCUGCAAUGGCACCGUGGUUCAGGACCCUGAAUUAGGGCAGGUUAUUCAACUUCAAGGUGACCAGCGAAAGAAUGUCUCCACCUUCCUUGUUCAGGCUGGCGUUGUGAAGAAGGAGAACAUCAAAAUCCAUGGUUUCUAAGAUGCAGCUGCUUAAAUUUUUCUGCUAAGUCACGCACCUUGUGUAGCAGAAAAUUCUAUCUGAUUAGGAUAAUAUCUAUGGUCUUAUAUCAUCUCCAUGUUGGUUUCAUAACAACAUAUGCAUCUUGUAUUUCUUGUGCUUUCUAGUUCCCUCAAUUAUGUACUGUUGGAUGAUUAUGCUAUCUAUAAAAGUUUGUUUCUCUAUGACUCAAAGUUAAA